GAUCCUCCCGUCGUCCUCCCCUUGCCGACUGCCAGCGCAUCGCCGAGUCUAGCCUCUCCACCCGGUGGAACUUGAUUCGACCAAUACUGCUGCACCGGCUUUUCGGUUCGUUGCCCGAGCGUCCAAGGGGUGGCUGGUAUCUAUAAACACACACAAAGUAUGCUCUGGAAGCUCAAAGAGCCACCACCUCUGGAUUUUGCAAUCUUUGUAGACCCCAGCGACCGAGACAUGGCCGACAACGACACACGAGCGGCGCAGGUGCCGCUGUCCACAGAGCUGGAGCAGGACCCGGAAAAGACCGUAGCUCCCGAGACAAAACCUCGCGCCACCACAGCCGAAGACAUCGAGGGGGAAGAGUCGGACGCGACGAGCACAUAUAGCGGUCGGGAUAGCCCCAACCGACGAGAAUCCACAAGCUCGCUGCUCCGCCAGCACCUCCACUCUCGCACCGCCAGCGAGGACACCGCCGAUAACAGCUCCCACCACGGCGACGACGUAUUUAGCGAGCAUGGGUCCCGCAGCCACAGUUCCGUCGGGUCGGUAGAUGGAGGGCACGAUUCUGAUUCCAAGACACCCCAAGGAAAGGACAGUCAAUCUCGUCGACAGUCGUGCGCCUCGAGUAGGACAUCCGAAAGCAGGAACUCGGAUCGGAUCGUGUCCGGCGUGUCGACUCGGUCGGCCCGCUCGUCGAUUCGCACCCCCUCCGAAAUCCGCGCAUUGCAGACGGGCUCUCCCACACCUUCAGUGUUCGACGGAAGCUCCGCCAGGCCGAACAAGCGACACAGCGGAACGCCCGUCAUGUUUCCCACAGUAUCCCGGGUCGGCAGUCCCACCGUCCAGGUACAAUACUCUCCCAAGGGGCGAACAACACCGAGCCGUUUCAAGGUCCGAACAGAGGCUCCCCUCGUUCUUCUCCACGUUACCCUCCUGCCUCUUCGCUGGGUCUGGGGCGAGACGCUUGAUGGGCUCGAUCUCGUCAGCGGUAAGACCAUCGACGAAGGGGGGCUUCCCUAUGUGGCCUCGGACGAAAUCAAGGCCUUGCGCGAUUCGUGGCGUGAUCUGCAGGACCGACUGGGCGACACUGUUCUCGAGCGCGGUAUUCUUCUCCCACAUCCGCAGAACGAUUUCGAGGUGCUUGAAGAGCGUCUCCUCGAAGCUCUCGAGCUACCAUUCAAGAGAAGAGCCAGGAUCUUGGAAUGCGGGCACUAUCUCGGUCCAGCCAACGUGACGGCCGAAGACGAUGAGGAAGGCGAGUUGGAAUACCCAAAGUCAACUGAGGAUAACCGGCAUUGGUGUAAGGAAUGCAAGGCCGAGAUCCGCUAUGAGAAGCUGGGCUCCAGCAAGAUUUACCGGGUAAAGGUGUACGCUAGCAACGGACUCAUGAAAUCCGGCGCCUGGGAAGCCUGCUGGAGGGAAAUGGAGCGGGUGGACUGCGAGGUCGAACUGAUUCUCACACCAGCAAUGCAGCAUGAGCUCGAAAAGGUGGCCGUCUUCCAGCUUGAGCAGGAGGAGCAACGACAGAGAGACCUAUUGCUGGGUGCCGAGGCUGCGGCCAAGUCAGGGCUCACUCCAGAGGCGCAAGCCCAUGCCCAACGAUCUCGCCCGACGUCUGGUCUGCAUGGCUUGCGGCCUUCUUCUGGUCUGCAUGUCGAAGUCCAGCCAUCGACACCUGAGCCACCAAUGGAACCCUUCGAUCGGGUGACCUCACCAGAGUUCCUGCAGCCCCCGUCAUCAUCGCGUCCCCGCGCGGCACAAGACGGCCUUGACACAUCUGAAGAGCGUCGACGUCGCGACGAAGAGCGGAUGCGCGAAAUCUAUGGCGACAUGCCCCCGCCUGAACCGAUCCCAACCCCAGAACCGGCUGCCGAGCGUGCAUCUUUUGCAAGACCAGCGUUCUCGGUCGGUGAAGGUUGCGGGUCUGUUCCGGUAUCCCAAGCUCUCGUAGCCAUCACGCCAACGUCUAGCCUCGAUCAGUCAUCGACCCUCCGCGACCGACACCCCGACUCGUACAUCGCGCCUCCCACGCCCCUCUCACCCUCUGAAGUCAUUCGCGAACGCCGAGCCGAGUACGAGCGCCGACAGGCUGAGCGAGCGCAGAAACGUCAGCGGGAGCUCCAAAACGCGGGAUUUAUCGAUUUACUCACCGAGGCGUUUAGGGUGGCGUUGGAUAACGGGAAUGAGACGGUGAAGGAUGGGUGGACAUAUGUCAGGGCGGGCGCGCUGGUGGCUAGGGACUUUUUCAACGACCCGAAGAAUGUGGCUAUUGUCGUGUUGGUGUUGCUUGUGGUUGUGAUUGGGCUGGGGAAUCGACAGCAGGACUUGGCGCCUGCCACGUACAAGUCUGAGCCGAGGCCGGAGAAUUAUGCUGUUGAGAAGGUGCCUGAGGCGAAGAUUGAGGCGAGCGUGCCCGAGGCGACUGCGGGUUUGGCUAGUACCGAGGAUGGUUCGAUGGGCUUGGGGGGUGUUGUUUAUGGUGUUGCUUCUGAUCCGCCUGCUCAGGCUCAGAGUGUGGUUGUGGAGGAGACGCCUGCUGGUGAGGUUGAGGGUGAGGUUCCGUCGAUUGAAGUUGCGGAGGAGGAGGAAAAGGUCCCCGUUGUCGGAACUGUGGAGGAGGAGGAGGAGGCGGAGAAUAACGUCUCUGAGGCUCCGGUUGCCGCGGUUACUGAGGCUAGUGCGGAGCUUGUCCUCGCAUCGGCGGCGGUCAAUGCUGUGGCUCAGUCAGCGCAGGAUGAUGUCGCCGUUCCGCUGCCCGCCGAGCCCGCCGCCGAGAAGCCCGAGUCCGGGGUUGAGGUUUACGGGGCCGCACCCAAAUCAGACGAUGAAACUCCCGCCGGCGCUGUUGCCAAUGGUGAGAGGGGGGUGGAAGUCUUUGGGGCUGAGGCACCGAAGCCGGAAGCGGAGGAAUAUGGUCUUGAGCAGGUCGUUGCCGCCGGCGGGAAGAAGGCCGACGCACCCCCGCAAGAGUCUGGUCUUGAGCAAGUCGUCGUUGGGAAGAAACCUGGUGGCAGUGAAGAGUACGGCGGUCUGGAGCAGGUCGUCAUUGGGAAGAGGCACUCGACCGUUAUCGACUUUAUCCCCGGGCCUUUUGUCACGCAGCACAAGACUGUGCGCGUGUUCGAGACGGUGACGGAGAUUGUGCGGGUCAGCGUGGUGACCAAGACGCAGACUGUGUCGAGGAUUGUGACUGCCAUACCGCAGACGGUGGAGCAGACUGUUUAUGAGACUGAGACGGUGAAAAUUACUGUUUCGCUGCCUGUGGAGGAGGAGAGCAAGACCACGACCACCAAGACAAAGAAGGCUACGCCUACGAGGAGGAGGUUUUGGUGAGUCCUUUUACAAGAGGGGGAUGAUGUCUAUUUUUUAAGGGGAAGUUUAUCUACAUGAGAGUGGUAAUUUCUUUUGUUUCAUGGUGGUGGUGAGGGGAGGUUCUUUCAUGAUGGACUACGAAACGUAAGGUACUUAUAUGUUCUGUCGGAUAUGAUCUGGUGUGGUCUUGUACGUAUGGGAAAUUGUUGGAUGAAUUAAACUUGUGGGUUCAGCGAUGAAAAAAGGAGGAGAAGGCUUUUGUUUUUUUGUCUUUCUUUGGGGAAGGGAUGGGGAAACCGGGGGGCAUUUGGUGUUUGUGUCUUUUGAUGUCGGCAUAGCAAGUAAGCAUAGCAGUAAAAAGAAUUGACUUGAUAGGCUUUGAGC